CGGGAAAUUGCGUUUUUUUUUAGCGUAAAAUAACGUGAAGCAGCACAAAUUUAUAAUUCAGCUUUAGGUAUAUUUUACUGCUGAUUUAAAAUAUGCUAUUUUAUCAUAAUCUUGACCAACUGUUUUUGAGUUUUCGGUCUUGUGCUUAGCUGCACUGGCAUGAGUGGAAACAGCCUCCCGAAAGCGUUCCAAAUAUGGCCGACAGUGGAUUGACUUGCUAGAAAGACUUUGCAGAAAACCUUGGAAACAAAGAACCUGUGUUCCACUCUCGAAGUGUUUCGAAACAUUUAUUUUCAUUUCUCUCGAUUUCGUUUUAUUUACAAAAGAGAAAAUCAACAACUGAAAAUCCGAUAUUUUAAGUUCAGAGUAGCCUAAAUAGGCUUCUUAAAACAUGGCGACUGACGACGAUUCGCACUAUUAUAAUGAGCACGAUGACCGUGUUGGAGGACCAAAGCAUCGCAACCGGAAAGGCAGAGGCCCUUUCAGAGCACCCAUGUACAGUGAUCAGAUGUCCAGGCCAAGGUAUCGAGGGGGUCAUGGUGGGGGUGGAGGGCCUGGUCCCAGGUCAAGAUUGCACGAUGAUGAUGGAGAUGUGAACAUGGCGGAAGGGUCACAAGACAGUGGCUCCCAGCGAAGAUUUAAUCCAUAUGGGCGGCCACAGAAUCGGCACGAGGAGCGUAAUCGCAAAGGGGGACGAGGAGGAGGAGGUGGUGGUGGCGGAGGAGGAGGAAAUGGAGAUCGUGGGGGUCACAGAGGUCAUGGAUCUAGAGGAGGCGGCAGCGGCGGUAGUGGUGAUGGAAUCCGCAAGAACUGGUUUAAAAUAACUAUUCCUUUCGGGAAAAAAUAUGAUAAAGAUUGGCUUCUGCCAGCGCUUCAGAACCUCUGUUCCAUGCCGUUCCAUGCAGUUCAUUAUCACACAGAUGGCAACAGGGCCCAGUUUUACAUUGACGACUCCACAACUGCUAACGCUUUGGUUAAAGUGUCACGGAAAAUAACAGAUAAAGAUGGAUACAAGGUGACAGUUCUUAUGAACAGCUGCCCGCCACCCACUUUAAUUAAUGUUGAUCUGAAGCCUGAAGAUCUGGAGCACUUAAAGCAAUGCAUGGCCAAACGCUUUGAUGGAUCUCAACAGGCUCUUGAUCUGAACAACAUCAGAGUUGACCCAGAUUUGGUUUCUCAAAACAUUGAGGUCACGUUGAAUAGGAAGAACUCCAUGCAGGGGGUCAUCAAAAUUAUUGAGGAGAACAUUCCUGUGCUGCUGUGUCUCAACUUGAGCAACAACAGGUUGUUCAGGCUGGAUGACUUGGCUGAUAUUGUCAACAAAGUUCCCAACCUGAAGAUUCUCAAUCUAUCACACAAUGAGCUCAAGACCGAGCGAGAACUUGAUAAACUGAAGGGUCUGAAGCUGGUGGAUCUUUCAUUGGAGGGGAAUCCUCUCUGUGACCACUUCAAGACCCAGGCGGACUAUGUCAGUGCCAUUCGUGAACGAUUCCCCAAGCUGCUCAAACUGGAUGGACACAAUCUUCCACCCCCCAUUGGGUUUGACUUGGAGGUUGCUCCUGCUGUUCUGCCCCCUUGCAAGCCUAGUUACUUCUGCUCAGAGGACAUCAAGAGCAUCAUCCUUUGCUUUCUGCAACAGUAUUACAACGUAUAUGACUCGGGAGAUAGACAGCCCCUGCUGAACGCCUACCACGACGGAGCUUCUUUCUCCCUCAGCAUUCCCUACAUUGUACAGAACCCUUCAAAAAGUAGUUUAGGGGAAUAUCAUAAAGACAGUCGCAAUAUUAGGCGCCAGAAAGACCCCACUUCACGGUAUCGUUUGCUGAAACAUACACGAUUAAAUGUGGUAGCUUUCUUAAAUGAGCUCCCCAAAACCCAGCAUGACAUUGCUUCCUUUAAUGUGGAUGUCAACACCUACACAGCAACAAUAUUGGCAUUUUCAGUCAGUGGGGUUUUCAAAGAGGUGGAUGGCAAAUCCAGAGACUCAUUCAGAGCUUUCUCUCGGGUGUUCAUUGCUGUGCCAGCUGGAAAUACAGGUUUGUGCAUUGUGAAUGACGAGCUGUUUGUUCGGAAUGCCACUACGGAGGAAAUUCGACGGGCUUUUGUUGCUCCGGCCCCCACACCAUCCAGCAGCCCUGUACCCACUCUGUCUGCCCCCCAACAGGAAAUGCUUGCUGCCUUCUCUCUAAAGUCUGGCAUGAACCUUGAAUGGUCUCAAAAGUGCCUGCAAGAUAACGAUUGGGAUUUUGACCGAGCUGCACAGAUCUUUACUGGCCUUAAGGCCGAUGGGAAGAUCCCAGAUGUUGCUUUUGUAAAAUAAAGAAUGAUUGGAGUUUUAACUGUGCUGUCAUUUCUACAGAUGUGACUAAUAAAGUACUUCAUUACUUGUAUUUGUUUUAAAAUAAAUGUUACCUUAUGGACAAAUUUGAAAGACUAUUUUACUGUGUAU